CCUCCCCGAGCGAGGAAAGAGGACGCGGGAGCCAGACGGACGAGGAAAGUCGGAGCGGGGACGCGGCGGGGCAGCAGAAGUCAGCCGCGGACCUUGUCCAGCCGCGAGCGGGAGGAGAAGCAGCAGCAGCAGCCCCAGCCAAGCGGCGGGGAAGUUGCACUGAGCCAGCGCUGCGCCCGAGCCCCCUGCUCGCUCUCCCCGCAGCGUCUCUGGUGCGCGCUUGGGACCGAGGAGGGGAGGCCGCCUCACUUGGGCCCCGAGAAGGCGGAGGCGUCCUGGGAGGGAGGGGGGCAGCGGCUGCCAUGAAGGCCAGCGGGGAGCAGAAACGGGCCGAGGCGGCCGCCAGCCCGGGCGACCCCUGGAAGGAGUGCAUGGAGGUGGCGGUGCAGCUGGCGCUCCGGGCGGGACAGAUUAUUAGCAAAGCUCUCACUGAGGAAAAACAGGUGUCUACCAAAACUUCUGCAGCAGAUCUUGUGACAGAAACAGAUCACUUUGUGGAAAACUUAAUUGUUUCUGCUCUGAAAGAAAAAUUUCCCUCUCACAGGUUUAUUGCUGAAGAAGCUACUGCUGCUGGUUCAAAGUGCAUUCUCUGUGACAGCCCUACCUGGAUUAUUGAUCCUGUUGAUGGCACCUGUAAUUUUGUACAUAGGUUUCCGACUGUGGCCGUCAGCAUUGGAUUUGCUGUUAAUCAAGAGCUUGAAUUUGGUGUAAUUUAUCACUGCACGGAAGAACGAUUAUACACUGGUAGAAGAGGUCAAGGGGCAUUUUGUAAUGACAAAAGGCUUCAGGUAUCAAAAGUGACAGAUAUCUCAAAGGCCUUGAUUUUAACAGAGAUUGGCCCAAAACGAGAUCCUGACACUUUGAAACUAUUUCUCAGCAACAUGGAGCGAUUGCUUAAGGCCCAAGCUCAUGGGGUUCGUGUCAUUGGAAGUUCCACGUUGGCGCUCUGUCUUCUAGCAUCUGGUGCUGCAGAUGCAUAUUACCAGUUUGGCUUGCACUGUUGGGACUUGGCAGCAGCUACAGUUAUUAUCAGAGAGGCAGGUGGUGUUGUGAUGGAUACUUCAGGUGGACCUCUAGAUCUAAUGUCAUGCCGAGUGGUUGCAGCAGGUACCCAGGAAAUGGCUGCAUUCAUAGCUCAGGAAAUUCAGACUAUUCACUAUAGUCGAGAUGAUGAGAAUUGACCGGACUUACAUAUUCCUGAACACAAGGAAACUUGUCCUUUUGGAACUACAUUGCUUCCUUCAGGAUGGCUUGCUUAUAGGAUAAAUGGUUUAAUUGUAUGUUUCUUAAUACAGUCUAUAUAGCAAAGGUAUUAUUAAAAAAAUUACUUGCAUUAUAGGAAGGUGAAGGGAAAUUUUAAAUUUUUGUAAGCUACUUGGCCCCCCCUUUUUAAUGAGAAUUUAUUUCAGCUAUGCUUUAAAAAAAAAUCACAGGUAUCCCAGAUUGAGUUGGCUUCUUGCCUCUUUUAGGCUGAAGCAGAGGGGAAGCGGGGUUUGUACCACAUUCAAAUAUAAAUAAAACUUUAUUUUUGCAGAUCUCAGGUAAAUUAGUCUUUCUGCAGCAAAGGGAAAAUUGUUUUGAAUUGUGUGCCUAAAGUGCUCACACCCAAUAGUACUUGAGAAUUGUAAACUUAAAAGUGCAUGUAUGGAACAAACCUUAGAUAGUUACACUUGUAUUUACUUUAAAGAAAACUACACUCAUUUAUGUAGCACAGGCAAAAGUGGCAAUGACACAUAUCCUUGAACUGUGUAUUAUAUUUAUGUGGGUAACUUAAAUAAUAGAUAUUGGUGCUGAUCAGAAGAUGAAAAGCUGUUUUUCCAACAUUUGAAAACCUUCAGCUUCAAUCAAGCAGCACAACAUAAAUCACAGCAGGGUGUUGUUAUUUUUUCAUGACCUAGAAAAUUCAAUACAACAUCACGUAAGGAUGUGAUGGUUUUAACCUAGGUAAUAGCACUGAGCACAGAACUACCUUGGCAGCCAUACACACACAUGGGUCACUGCUACACUUGAGUCAUUACUAUAGGGAUGAGGAAUCUUAUUCAAGUGAGAACAUAAGAAGUGUCCUACCAGAUCGUGCCAAAGGCCCAUAUAGUCCAGAAUCCUAGAGUGGCCAGCCAGAUGUCUAUAUGGGAAGACCAGGCCUCACCUUGCCCUCCAUGGGCCCUCCAGCCUUAGGAUGCCAUGAGCCCUGAACUCUCCCUUGGCUCAGAGACAGUUUGGACCCCUCUAAGGGAGAGGGGGGAGCCCAUUGGCAGCCCCACCUUUGGCUCCCCCAGGACAGAGGGGGCCUGUUUCUCUACCACCAGAGCUGGGGGUGAGCAAGAAUGCCAGGAGGGGAGGCAGGCAAGCUGAGCGGGCAGCUCUCUGAGGCCCAACCUGGACAGGUGCAAAGGAAAGGGAACACCAAGCACCCUGCAAUAUUUAAGAGACUUGUUUGAAAAACCUUCAUAGGAUGGUAACCUUUCAGGGAUUCUUUAGCUGUGGUUCCUGCAUUGCAUGGAGUUGAGCUAGGUGACCCUUGGGGGAGCCUUCCACCACUGCAAUUCUGUGAUUCUAUGUAGCUUAUAAGCAGAACCUGAGUUCAACGGUGCUUUUCUGAUUCCCAUCAAGUGGAAUUCAGAGGCCAGCUGCCUUUGAUAGUGGAGGUAGGGUUUACAGAACACUAGCAAAGAAAGUCUCUUCCACUGGGUGCUAAUACUUGAAAAGGGCUCUGAAGGGAGAUAUAUUCAAAGGACUGAAGCAAAGCAUUUUAACCAUUUAUUGAAAAUAGCAUCAGAAUCUUCUGUCUUGGCUGUGUUUAGUCAGUUGCUAAGAGAACCAUGGAAUUGAGUGCUUGAGCAAGAAAGGGUCAUGACUUAGGCUUAGUUCUCACAAAUAGCAGAUAAUGUGGUAAGCCUCUUCCUGGACUCUACCAUUUGCAGAUGUGGGUUCACAUGACUGACUGAAUGCUUCUCUGUACCAAAAAACAACAACCAAUCAACCAAAAUUUAGUAUGUCGGAGGAAUGAUCCUAGUUUAGCCAUUUCCCUGCCAUACAAGUUCCCUAAAUGUAGCAGUUCUGUUUAUUUUUGUAUGGCAGAGCAUUCAGUCAUGUAAGUCAAUACAUGCUGUUUCAACUACAGCCCACAAAAUAUUUCUUUCCAUAUCUGUCCUUUGUGGGAGCUAGCCCUUAGAAAUGAUGUGAAUCUACAGUUAUCCACAGAUACUUUUAAGCACAAGUACUCAGGAUUGGGAUUGUGAGACUGAGCCAGUUGGUCCCAAUAUGAAAAUCGGGGACUAGGAAUUUUCUUUUGUUCCAAAGAAAUACAACCCUGGCUUCAUAAAUAGACAUCCUACUGUCUAAUAGGAGUUUACUAUUCUAUUUAGCUAUAUGUGUGUGCAAGAAAAAAGGAGUGUAAAGACCCAAAGAAUAUUAAUAAGAUGGUGAUGUAUGCUGCUCUAAGCACAACCCACCCUGUGAAUGGAAAAAGUGACUUGCAAAUAUUAUAAAUAAAUGUUCUGAAUGGAAGGGUCUGCAAAAUCACAAUACAUUGCUGCAUGUUAGCCUUGCUGCUGUUACAUUUUUUUGUAUGUGUUUUUAGAGCUUCUUUGCUGGAGCACUGUAUGGUAUAAGAAGCAAAGCAGCCACAGAAAUAAUCCUUUAAUUUGGUGCAUCUGGUUCACCAAAAUACUGUAUAGCCAUAUGAUGGAAACAUUGUCACACAUUGUUAAUUUCAUUGCAAAAAUAUUCUGGUGGCUGUGAGUUGUUUGCUCCGUUCCAGUCUGAACAUUAAUGGCAAUGAAUGUGUUAUCUGUGUGAAAUGUCUCAUUUUCGCAGGAACAAAGUAUUGUGAUUUGAGUGUUUGGAAAUUGUGGUGUCUCCAACAGAAGGGAAAACUUGAAGAAAGACAUGAAGAAUGCGCACAAUAAAUGAACAGUUUUUGUGUAAUUGAACUUGUUUUGCAGAAAAGCCCUAAAAAUGCAGAAACAUUUGUGGAUCACCUUUGUGUCUGUCUCAAGCUUUUAAUUUGAGCAUAGUUUUUUGUGUGUGUUUUGGCAAAGUGAAGGGGAAACAAAUUCUAAACCCAAUACUUGUGCCAACACUAAACUCAUGUUGUGCUUGAAUGUUGGUCCUAAUAGCUUAUCUUAUGGCUUAGAGGACUGUCAACUCCUUUGCUGAUUUUCUGUGGCUUUACCAGCUAAAUGGCAGGGUGGGGGGAAUUGGCAAGUUAUAGCUUUUUCUGUCAAUGACUAGAAAAUGUUAUUACUGCUUAGUCAUCUCCUUAACCCCACCCCCACCCCCAGUCAUUACUAUGCAGGUACCGUAGUUAACAAAGAAGCUGGCAAUCUUCUGUUCAGUAAUUCUGAAACGAACAAACUGAAGCUGUGCUAGUCAUAAACCAUGAUGUGUGUCUCUCAUUGCAAGUGAGACUGUACAAAUAUUUAAAAUUGAGAUAGUACAGUUAAAGCACUGUUGACCUAAUAGCACUUAUCAUUUAAAUAGCACUUCAGAAUGUUCAAAGCACUUUCCAUUUCUCAUUUGUAAACCUUUUAACAGUCCUCUAAGUGUAGUAGUAUCCUUAUUUUGGGGGCUGUGGAGAGAGCCUGUCUAUGACCAAGCUAAUUCAUUGAAUUAGUCAAGAUUCAAACAGGACUUGCCUGACUUAUAGCUCAAUAUUUUGGUGUCAUUUAGCUAUGUUAAGGCUGCAGUCUUAUACACAUUUACAUGGGAGUAAAUCCCAUUUGAGGUUGUGCUACUCAUGCAUCUUUUCAUUUCUUUCAUUUCCGUUUUUAUAGCAGGCAUGGUUGCUAGUCGGAGCCAUGUCACUUGAGGGGGAGUGUUGUCAAUUGCCCCCCCUGCCCCCGAAUGAUUUAGAUUGUCUAUUGCUCUUCUCCCUAGAACAGACAUCCCCAAACUUCGGCCGUCCAGAUGUUUUGGCCUACAACUCCCACGAUCCCUAGCUAACAGGACCAGUGGUCAGGGAAGAUGGGAAUUGUAGUCCAAAACAUCUGGAGGGCCGAAGUUUGGGGAUGCCUGCCCUAGAAUGUUUUUGAUAGCAACUUGAAGAGAGGGUUGGUUUAUGAGAAUCAUGGCACAAGAGAAAAACAGCACCAAAGAACAAUGGCAUUUGGACUUGGUAUAUUCAUUUUUAAUACAUAUAUAGUAUUUAUCUCUCCCAUCCCAUCCUUUGAAAAAAUAGUUAUGGAACUGAGUCUCUUUAACAAGUCUUUGUAUUAUGUUGGUUAUAUUUUUUUGUAUACAUAUUACUGUUUUCAACUGAAAAAUUAUCAGAAGGAAACUGGCCAUCCUGACAACCAAAACGUUAAAAAAAAUAGCAACUGUGCUAUUUUUGGGUAGCACAAAGUAUUUUGUUUUCAGGUGCUGCACGAUGAGUUUUGUGUGUGACGUUAUUCCAACAUAAAGAACUCUGGAGUGCAUGGGUUUCCUUUAAAUGGUUUAGUUUACAAUGUUUAGACAUAAAAAUGAUGAAUCUCUCUUUACUGUGUGACUGUUAUGGUAAUUGUGCACCAUUAACUGUUGGCUAUUAAACCUAUUCAUAUCUGUUAAAUACUGCUGUAAAAUCUGGUAAGCCAGACAUUUCUACCUCUAUAUGGGGCUAUGAGGAAUAACUAACGUGUUGCAGCAGAAUCCUGUAACUCCUACUAUUGAAUUAAAUAAUACUGUAUCCAUAAUUAUUAGAAGUAUUAAUGUAUGUUGUCAAAACACUUACAUUCUGCAUGAAACUGGUUGGUUGAGGAAGUGCUGCUUCAUAUAAUGUACAGUGAACUCACUCACAGAAGUCCUUGCUGCAAGAUGUAGUGUUAUCUGCUACGGUAGCUUAAAAAUGACUAACAGAGUAUUGGACAGAUUCCAGGAGGGGUAACUGUUGAAAGCUACUAGCUGUUUUUCUUCAAAUAUAUGUAAAAUCUGAAAUGAGUAAAUUGUUUGCAGGUGUUAAGUAUAACCGAAAGCUUAAGAGUACAACCCGGAACCCAGUGUUGUUUACUUGUAUUACUUGCUUUUAGUAGAGCUGUUGUCUACAUCAUGUUUAUUUAUGAUCAGCCCUUUCAAAUAAUUAAUAGGACUUUCAUUUGUGAAGCACUGUGCAAAAUUGCAGCCUUAGAAUGCAAGCCAAAGUCUUUCAUGUACAGGGGCCUUUGUUCUCUUUGUAAAAGGGAAAUAAAUAGCCUAGAUACAUCUAGGGGCUCCCUUCUGAAAUGUUUCCUCAAAAAAGAAAGCUAGGAAUCCUUCAGCCAUGAAACACAUACAGAUGUGGAUCACAGCCAUAGAGCGACUAUAAACUUUUAUAAGUUUAAGCAGUGAAGCCACUGAAGUCUAUUUGUCAUAUUUUAAGGGUUCAGUCACAAGGGAAAAACAUGUUAUUUGUGUUUACACCAGAUGCCAGCAGAACAUAGCAUUGAUUGGCUUAGAACUAGUCACAUCAUUAAUCCUUACCCUGAAACGGUAUUUGUGGGGUUUUUUAAAAAUCAUUUCUGCUUUUUAAAAAGAGGGAGAAUGUACAUUUAAUUGACUCUCAAACAAUAUAUUUGUAGUGUGUUUAAGUGAACAGAAUGGAAGGAGGGUCAAGAAUACUGAGCUGGCAUUAAAUUUGUUGGGCAUUAUAUUUAUCAAAUGCAUUUGUGUGGUGAUGGUAGUGGGAAAGCCGGGUUUGAGAUGCAAGACAAAAGAUCACAUCAAGUCAUGACUUUGUAUUUACCACCAAUAUGUUUAAAGAGGGAUUUUUCAAAUUACAAACAAAUACAAGGGUGCUUGUCAUUGCUUAAAUAUUUCAAAGUGAAGUCAAAUUGACAUUAUUGUUAUUAUUAAAUUUUAAUACAUUUCAGGUUGGUAUUAUUGCACACUUCUGUAUGUUUGGACAGGUUUUCUAGCAAACUUGUGCAAACAGUCUUCUGUUUGCUGUUAAUGUAUUCUACAAAUAAAAGAUUAAUACAUUUGAAGGUGAAAUUAUGAUAUUUUACUAUUACUUCUGUUUUCCAAUGUAUUUGCAUCACACAUUAAUAGCAAGACAAUAAAUGGAGGGGAAGGGUAUACCUGUCCUUAAGGCGAAGCAUGUCUUAGUUCCUUGAAAGUGUUGAGUAAGAUCCUUGCUGGAACUUGGAGAGCUAACUAACCAUUGAAAAUAUUGGGCUUUUGCAUUAAUUUUAGGCAAUAUGUUCUAAUGGAGAAGAGAGGGAGGCUUUGAGAUGAGCCAAUUCCUAUAAUUUCAAUAGAAUUUCCUGCCUACUUAAAAUUUGAAAGAAUAUAAUCCUAGUGAGCAAUGGCUAAACAGGUUCUCCUUGUUUGUUUCCUGUCUUAAAGUUAUCUUUCUUUUAUCUUGGUGGCAACCAUACUUUCGAAGGAGCUUUUGAUUAGAUUCAUGGUCACCAGAUUAAAUGUGCUGAUAUUUACACAAGGUGUUAGGAUCUUAGGAUGUCUCCUCCACACAUUUGCAAUAAGACUGGUACCACAGUCAAGAGUUCAUAAUGAGGAUCUCUUUUUCAGUGAACUCAGUGCAAUCCUACCCAUGUCUACUCAAAAGCAAGUCCUAUUGAAUUCAAUUGUGUAAUGCUCUGCUGCCUGAUCAGAUAAAAAAUGUUGCACAUUUCUCAGAUUUGAGCCCUGGCACUAAAAACCAGACUUCAACCCCUGUGUACAUUAAUUCAGUGACCUAAUUAGGAUUCUUAAGUGGGAGUGGUGUGUAUAUCCUGAUUCUCUGCAGUCUUUAUAUCAUGGACACUCCCAGCCCCUCUGUCAUUGUGUUUAAAUUGCAUUAUAAUCAAGUUAAAAUGGAUGUCUGCAGUGCUGAUCUUCCUCUUGGUCUGUUUGAGGGUGAAGAGGAGGAGGGCUUAGCAGCCUGGAUGGGCAGGUCUUUGGCAAGCUUCGGGUCAGAUGCAGGAGAAAAAGAUAAUUUGGCCAAGGCACAGGGAAGCCUGUGACCUAUGUCAACCAAGCCCCAUUGUCAUGUGAGGAAGACUGGACCUUGACUGUAGAAGAUGUCUCUUAAAACAUAAUAGUUAUAUUUACACUUAGG